AUGUUCCUCAGCCACAUGCCAUCUUAUAUUACUCUCAGAGAACAUCUAAUGGAGGUCUUCUCUGUUGGCUGCGCAAAUCUCACGGCCUGGUGCUCUGGGCUGAGGGGAUGUGCGUUAACACGUGACAUCCUUCUUUUGGAUGUGGAGCUGUUGUGCGCGGGCGUGCCAACACGGUCUACCGUGCGUCGAGAUGGUGAUGAGGUUUGGGUAGAAGAUGGUUAA